AUGGCCUCACUAGCAGAGACAUUAUGGUCCCAAACCGUACCCCUUCACAUCACCCACCCCUCACAGCCCAACAACCCCUUCAUCACGAACCUGCCCCGCUUCAGCUAUCUCGCCCUCCUGCUGCCCCGCCUCUCCGCCUUCUUCCACGACGCCGACGCCGACACGCCCAUCUCGAGCUUCCACCACGAAGACCUCCUGCUCCGGAACCUGCCCCUCGGUCUCCUCGUAGACCUCUACUCGCCGCCGCUCCCCUGGCGCCUCACCGUCGGCGACGGACCGAGCUGGGACAUGGCCGACACGUUCCUCAACGGCGUCAAGGAGGCCGAUUUCACCCGCUACGGCACCGCCAAGCGGAUCAUGUCCCUCUCCAAAGCAGACACCUCGACCCUCUGGCACGCCGUCCAGGACAACGACCACGCCGCCUUCGCCCGCAUCAGCGCGCACCUCCUCGACGCCCCGACGCCGCUGAGGAACAUACCCCUGCGCCUCUACAUCCCCUCGACCGCGGGCGCCUUCCGCGUCCUGCAGGCCCCCGUGCCCCCGCGCCACCCCGCGACGCCGCGCCAGCCCCAGCGCCUCGGCCACGUCCUGCGCGCGCUGCUGCCCGCCCUCUUCCCGAGCAGCCGCGACCCCGUCCUCGCCGCCGUCGUCCUGCACGGCGCGCAC